AUGUCCAGCAAACGACUAUUCUCUGCUAAAUUCCUUCAACGCCUCAGCAAACCUUUGACCGAAGCCGAUGUCAAACCACAAUACGUAUGGAAUGAAGCCAAGCAAAAGGGAUUCUGGCGUCCACCUCAAGUGAGUUUGCGAGUGCAAGCUGAUUUGCGAAAGGCCUGCAUUCAAGAAGGUGUCGAUCCCCUCUCGAUUGGUUUGCCACCUGUUGCAUCAAAGAAACCCCUUCGCACCAAACCCAACAAACUUGAAAAACACGAACGUAUGCGAGCUGAACGUCAAGAAACCAUUCGCAAAAACUUGGAAAAGAUGCCUCAAACCAUUCAAGCUUGGAAGGAGGACAAAUUAAAGGAAGCUGCCAAACAAAAGUCAUCAUUACCAUUUUAG